CUAUCGUUUAUUUAAACUAGGUUGUUAGUCUCCUCCAAUCGACCCCUCCUUCUUGUCCUCUCUCCUCCAUUCAUGUUCUCCCUUCCAUUCUUGCGCUCCUCUUUCUCCCGGGUCCUCAUUCCUCGAUUCUCCAUUGUGUCUGGAACCAGUCGAUCAUUCGCAACCAUGGCGACCGAUACAAACAAGUAUAAGCUUCACCACACCAUGAUCCGGGUCAAGGACCCGCAAAAAUCCCUGGAGUUCUACAAGUUCCUCGGCCUCAAUCAGCUGCAGCGCCUCGAUUUCCCCGAGAACAAGUUCUCCCUCUACUUUUUGGGCUACAAUGGCCCCCAGUCCCUGCAGGGCGAGAGCCACUUCACCGACCGCAACGGCGUGCUGGAGCUCACGCACAACUAUGGCACUGAGACCGACCCCAACUACAGCGUGAACAACGGCAACACCGAGCCGCACCGCGGCUUUGGCCACAUCGCCAUCUCCGUCGACAACAUCGAGCAGGCCUGCAAGCGCUUGGAGGAGGCGGGCUACCAAUUCCAGAAGAAGCUCACCGAAGGCCGGAUGCGCCACAUUGCCUUCGUCAAGGACCCUGAUGGAUACUGGGUCGAGAUCAUCCGCCGCCACAAUGAGGACGUUGGCACCACUACUGACCCGGGCAGCUACCGCUUUAACCACACCAUGCUCCGCGUCAAGGAUGCCGAGGCCAGCCUCAAGUGGUACCAGGAGGUUUUGGGCCUGAAUCUGCUGCGCACCAGUGAGAACAAGGAGGCUGGCUUCAACCUGUACUUUCUCGGCUACCCCUCCUCGAACCCUGAGCUCAAGAAGGAUGCCAAGAACCCCGUCGCCGAGUGGGAGGGUCUGCUCGAGCUCACCUGGAACUACGGCACCGAGAAGCAAGAAGGAAAGGUCUAUCACGACGGUAACUCUGAGCCUCAGGGCUUCGGUCACAUCUGUGUCGCGGUUGAUGACUUGAAUGCCGCCUGCGAACGCUUCGAGAAGCUGAAUGUCAACUGGAAGAAACGUCUCACUGAUGGUCGCAUGAGGAACGUGGCUUUCGUCCUUGACCCUGAUGGAUACUGGGUUGAGGUGAUUCAGAACGAGGCGCUCAAGCCUACCGGUGACUGGUAAUUUAGUCUGCCCGUGCCAUCGGUGUCCAAGUCAGUUCAAUAUGUGUAUUAGUUCCAUAUGACUCAGAAUGUGAUCUACAGAAAAGAUUUCCAC